AUGGUAGACAUAACGUCGUACACUCCCGGAGCACCCACAGAGGCACUGCACGCAAUCUGGCAGGCCACGCUCGGGACGAAUCCCCCCUACGUCCUCCCGCACUCCAAACUCCACGCCCUACUGAACUAUCCCACGGCGCGCGUCUUCGUCGCCUCCCUCUCGGAAGAGGUAGUAGGCUGGGCGCUAACCUACACCAUCCGCUCGGGAUGCGCGCCCGACCCGAAAUCUCAACACCUCCGCGGCGGCCUCGCGGUCCUACUCGUUCAUCCCAACCACCAGAAGCAGGGGAUUGGUUCGACGAUCCAUUCCACCGCCAUCGAGUAUUUGGAAACCGCAGUACGGGGGAGCUUUACUCUCUCUUCGCCACCAGCGAAAGAGGGGGCGAUCCAGCUCGGUUCGGCGUUUCCACGUAUCUUCCCCGGCGUCCCGGAGAGCCUCCAACAUGAGGCCGGCUUUUUCCAAAAGAGAGGCUGGAACCUCGGCGAACGCGCGAUAGACCUGUACGGGGCUCUCCCGCCGACAGUGGAACUUGGACGCUUCAUCGCUCUGGCAGAGGAGAGGGGCGUAUCUUUCCGUCCAGCCACGGCGGGGGAUAGGCAAGAGGUGAUGGAGAUGGAGUAUGCCGAGUUCGGGGCCUUUUGUGGCUGGCCAGACCUGUUCCCUAUUUUCUUCGACGCCGGCCGAGAAGCAGACAUCUAUCUCGCAUUACGCGAGGGCCGGGUCAUUGGAGCGACGAUCGCCGCUAUGCCAGGUAGUCCGGCACAUGAACGCCUCGCGUGGCCCGAUACCCUCGGUAUGUCCCCAUACAAAUUGGGCUAA